AUGCGAAUGACCAGAGCCCAGGCAGCCGCCAUGGCAGCAGCUGCUGAUGCUGACGAUAACGACAACAACAACGAUCGCAAUGCAUCUACGACACCGACCGACGAGCUUCCGGCCAAGGGGCGUGAAGUCUUGGGCGAGUUGACUCCAAACCUUGAUGGUGAGGCGGAUCAAUCGACUGUCCAAGACGAGGAACGAGACAUCACGGAUGAGAUAGCAGAGUCGAGAGAUCUCGGACAUGACGAAGUGGAGAAGGAUGUGGACGAAAUUGAAGACGAGGAGGCUGGCGCAAAGGGGGAAAAAGCAUCCACUUCUACACCUGCAGCCUCAGCUUCACCAGAGAAGCCAAACCACAUUCCAAUCCACCAGGACGACUCCUUGAAGCUUCCUGUUACGAAUCUCGACGCCGGAUCGCCCACCACCGAGCUACCACUCCUGAACAUCACCCCUCAACGCACACCAGCCAAGAAGGUUAUGAAGAACGAAUUCGCACACAUGAGAUCGACGUCCAACAAGGAGAACAUGGUGCCAGACCCGCCUGUGGUUGCCGGUCCUGUGGAUAGACUGCAGACACAUGUUGAGUAUCUGGGUUCUGAGCAAGACCAACCACAGACAGCCACCGACGCACAGCACAGUCAUCAACCACAGGAUGGACACGAGAACGGCAAUGAGAUGGAGAAUCACAACCAUCAAGAGACAACAAACGCCGAGCCAGAGAGCACACAGACAUAUGAGGCACAAGAUGACAGCUUAAUUGGCCAUUUCGAGGCUCUUCACGUCUCGCCCAAGAAGGCUCAGAAGUUUGUGGAUCCGGAAGCUGAGUCUGGGACUCAGUCCGGUGCCGAGCAGUCAGUUCCUGAGCAACCACAUAAGGCCGAAGAGACCAUCAAGACCAACGGAGCUACCGAUCAAGCACAGCAGGAAGCCCCCAAAGAUAUCAAGAAGGAGGCACCUAACGCCGAAAAGAAGCCCAAUGUCGGUCAAAAGCUUCAACCCAAAGACAAGCAGGCCACCACCACUUCACCCGUAGCAAAGAAGGUAGCUCCUCAAACCUCCCAGUCUGACACGACAAAGCUCGCACGUAAGCCUUCAGUUCGCCAAUCAACAGUCACUCGCCAAUCCUCUGUGGUCCGCAAAUCAAUGGCUCCUCGUCCCGAACCCUCAAUCAACACAGCCAUCAAGCGUACAACUUCAGUCAAGCGCUCCUCGGUCAGACCCAGCAUAGCCCCCCGAGCAGGAUCCUCUCAGUCCGCCGAGAGAGGUCCACCCGCACCGAUCCCUCAUUCCAAACCUCGCCCUAUGUCCAUGUCCUUCCCCACUCCUCCACCCCCUCCCAAGUCUUCCAAGGCACCCACACAAGCCACCUUCCAACUCGGCGGUGAAGCCGUAGCCGCUCGCCUCAAGGCCGAGAAGGAAGAACGACUGAAACGACAAGCCGAGGGUACUGCAGCAAAGACCACUUACAAGCCUCCACCUCCACCAAAGUCCACCAAAGCACCUACCCGCCCAACCUUCCAACUCCCCGGUGAAGCCAUAGCCGCGAAACUGAAAGCAGACAAGGAAGAACGUCAAAAACGACUCGAAUCCGAAGGUCCCGCGAAGAAAUCGACAUUCGUUCCUCCCGUGACGCAAAAAUCGACGAAACCCGUCACAAAAGCCACAUUCCAGCUUUCCUCUGACGCAUUCGCCGCAAAGAUGAAAGCACAAAAGGAAGAACGUGCAAAAAGAGCACAAGAAGAAGAGGAAAAAGUGGCAGCACAGAGGAAACAGGGGUUUAAAGCCAGACCUGCGCCGAAGCUCAAGGAGCCGGCAUUGGUUAGACAGACCGCUGCCAGUAGAGCUAGAUUGCCAUCCAACGACACCAACACAGGUGGAUUGAAACGCGCGACCAGCGUCCGCGAACCCACUUCCACAGCAGCUAAACGCCAAUCGUCCUUUCAACCCUCCGAUUCUACAUCUUCGACAACGACUCUUCCCCCUCGCGCAUCAACUUCUUUCCAAAAACGACAGAGCACCGCAGCACCGUUUGUCAGUAAAGGUAAAGAGGUAUUCAGCCGAGCGGCAGAGAAGAAGGAAAAAGAAGACAAAGAGAAAAAGGAUAAAGAGGAUGCGGCCAAGAAGGCUAGAGUUGAGGCGGCGGAAAAGGGGAGAUUGGCUAGUAGGGAGUGGGCUGCUAGGAGGAAGAGUAAGGUUGUUGCUGGGGCUGCUGGGGCUGCUGCACCUGCUGCUGUGUAA